AUGGUUUCCCAGAAAGCAGCACCCUGUUAUAUAGUUAGUACGUAUUCCGGUGAAGGUGGAGUAAACAAAUGGGCACGUUUCAAGAUUUUGGAGGCUCAGACGCGUAAAAUAGUACAACAAAGGACGACCGCGGGUGAACCAUCUUCCAAUUCGUCACAAAUCUCAGGGAAGUGGGUUACGAGCUUGGAUAAAUUGAAUUUCUCGUGCAGAAUCAUCAACUCCAAGAGUUGCGUAUUAAGUUGCUAUAGUUCAUCUUCCCAAAUCUCCAAGUAUCCCGUAUUGCACCUUCUUGUAACUUACAAUUUGGUUACCACAUUGACCAGUUGA